AUGGACCGGGUAGGAUCAGCAGAUACAGAGCUCAAGACGCAGCCUCUCCACCUAGCGGUCUGUACAAAUACCGCUCUAACGCGGCAAGCUAUAGAGAAAGAAAUCACUGAUCAUCUUGGAAUCGUUGCGGUCCUCAAAAGGAGACUUAACACGCUUGCGCCUAUCUCUCGCCUUCCACCGGAGCUUCUUGCCGCAAUAUUCGUGUUGAUUGCCACCCAGUAUGAGAAUAGCAAAUACCUGGUACAAUUCACACACGUUUGCUCGCACUGGCGCGAUACGGCUCUCGCUUUCCCUAGAGUGUGGUGUCACAUCGUCCUUCCAGCACAUCCUAUGCUCUUAGAUGAGCUUCUGGCUCGCUCAAAGGACGCUCCACUCAUUAUCAACGUUCGCUACAUUACGAGAUACGGUGCGAGAGCGGACUCGGAGCCUCUCGCGUUGACAAUGAAACACUUAGAAAGAGUUAAAGAGCUUCGUAUUUCUGCACCUUCCGAAGUACUACAUAACAUUUGGCAGGGUUCCAACAGCGUGGCCCCUCUGCUAGAGAUUUUGCAUGUGCGCAACGACUUUUCGCAAUCCGAAUCGUCCUCACAUUCGUCAAAAUUGCAUCUCCCUAUUUUGCAUCCCACCAGUGUCGUUCCCCUCCUUCGCCGAUUGGAGGUUGAGCACUUCCCAAAUUGUGGGGGCACUUUCCCGGCCACCACUUCACUCCGGCAUCUCAGCAUUCGCAACAAGAAGCAUGGUCUUGCCAGAGUCGAACUAUCCAAGCUGCUUAGCCAGCUGGAGAAAAUGCCUGCCUUGGAGACGCUCCUGCUUGACGAUGCCUUCCAGGUGACACCGGGCGCAUGCGAACGGAUCUUCUCGCUUUCUCGGCUCCGAUCCCUCAAUCUUUCGGCGACGACGACGGAAUGUGCUAAUGCCCUGACUCACCUCCAGCUGCCACCUACUACCCGCCUUGAAAUCUACUGUCAGGGACAGGAUAUGAAAGACUUUUCCGAGGCUCUGGCAGGCACAAUUUCUCAUCCGGAUCGAAGACCGUGGCGCAGCUUGCAUGUCUAUCGACUACGCACGGGGACCUCCUACAUCAACUUGUACGAGGGUGAUCAGCGCAAGUGGUUCGCUAUGAAUCGGGAUCAUGAGGCCCUUCCUUGGGGGAAACCUGAGAUGGCAGUGCGUUUUGCGAAUGCGCCAAAUACACUGGUCACCAUUUGCAAGACUUUACCGCUCUCCAAUGUGCAGUCGUUGUUCGUGUCAGGGACAGUCGCCAGAACCGCCGGGGAGUGGUUGCAGGCAUUUGGGAAGAUGGAUCAACUAUCCACGGUGUGGGUGCAGCAUGAAGCGGCUUCGGCAUCCCUCGCCCGGGCACUACGCUAUCAGAACAGUAUGCAGCAGCAGGACGGGACCGGAGGGAUAGAGCCGAAAUCGCGUUACUUUUCUUCGUUAAGAGUGCUCAAAUUGGAAGGCGUUCACUUCAAAACGCGAGACGAGGUGGAAGAAUGUAUCUUGGGCAAUUUCGGUUGGGCUUUACUAGACUGUCUAAAGAGUCGUGCAGACAACGGUAUCCCACUUUCGAAGCUUAUUCUGCGAGAGCGUGUUAAUACACUCAAGGAAGAGGACAUUGAGAAACUCAAGAAAUAUGUCGAAACACUCGAUUGGGAUGAGUGGUUGGAGGGCUACGAGUUUAGUGAUGAGGAGGAGGAAGAGGAGGGGGACUAUUACAGUUCUUACGACGAUGAAGCUGAAUCGGAAUACGAUUUUCACAGCGACUAUUGA